AAAAAAAAAUAGAAUUGAAUACAAUUUGCUUGCCUUGUCAGUGAAUUUACGACUGAUCUUUUGCUAAUCUUAUCCUAUUGUCAAAAACUAGAAGGUUCGUAAUGAUCAAAUAUCCGAUUUUAUCUGAAAAUAUAAUCUAAUUUGUGUCUAGUGAGUCCCUAAACUGUAAAAUAAACAUUAUGAAUAACUAAUUUAUAACAAAACUAGCAUUAGAAAAUUAAACAUUGGCCUCCAAAACUGUGAUGGAAUCUUUUCUCGAUAUUAUAAACAGACGAAAAGAGUCUACGGUAGAAGGAUACAAAUGAUUCGGGUCGCCUGACAUAGUUAACUGCCACGCGAAGUACAAAUUUAGUUGAUCCGCGAUCAACUGUGCUCACUCGCUGGUGACGGUGUCAUGAGCACAAACAACAAGAGACGCGGAGCGAGCGGUUCCAGUUGUGCUAUCCCUGGAGUGGCCGCACUCGUCAACGUCCCCACCGCGAUGUCUUCUGAUCUAGCGUCGCUGUUCGAGUGCCCGGUGUGUUUCGACUACAUCCUGCCGCCGAUCCUGCAGUGUCAGAGCGGGCACCUCGUGUGCUCCAGCUGCCGGCCGAAGCUGUCCUGCUGUCCGACGUGCCGCGGACCCCUGGGAAACAUCCGGAAUCUCGCAAUGGAAAAAGUAGCCAGCAAUGUUAUGUUCCCGUGCAAACAUUCCAACACCGGCUGCACCGUCACCCUAGUUCACACAGAGAAAGCCGAGCACGAGGAGGCCUGCGAAUUCAGACCGUACUCGUGUCCGUGCCCCGGAGCUUCGUGCAAAUGGCAGGGGGGCCUUGACCAGGUCAUGCCUCACCUGAUGAUGUCCCACAAGAGCAUCACUACAUUACAAGGAGAGGACAUCGUGUUCCUGGCCACCGACAUUAAUCUCCCCGGAGCGGUGGACUGGGUCAUGAUGCAGUCCUGCUUCAAUCACCACUUCAUGUUAGUAUUGGAAAAGCAAGAAAAGUUUGAUGGCCACCAGCAAUUUUUUGCUAUAGUUCAACUCAUAGGAUCUCGCAAGGAAGCUGAGAACUUCGCAUAUCGAUUAGAGCUGAAUGGUCACAGUCGAAGAUUGACGUGGGAGGCCAUGCCGCGCUCCAUACAUGAGGGAGUCUCCUCUGCCAUUAUGAACUCGGAUUGCCUAGUAUUUGAUACGUCUUUAGCUCAGCUGUUCGCAGACAACGGCAACCUCGGUAUAAAUGUCACAAUUUUACGUACCAACAGCAUGUAAGGUCCGCUCAGUAGAAACAGGAUUAGAACUCAAUAAAUUAUAAAAUUUAGUGGAAUAUUUUUGUGGAAAUGCAUUCAUACCAAUAUGUUUAUCAUGAUUGUGAUUUGUGAGCCAACAAACACUUUCUUACUUCUAUUUUAUUGUAUUUAAAGGUGUGUUCAAUUUUAGUGAUAUAAUUUUAGUAGUCAAAAAACUAUGGUGGAAUAUUAAUUUGGGACAUUUUCCACAUCUCUCAAAAUGUGGCAGUACACUCGGCUGGUUCAUCAUGUGUUGCAAGAACUUCAAAUUGUCAAAUAUUACUUUUUAUCAAUACAUAAUAGGUGUUCACAAGUAAAUAUUCUGUGAAAAAUUCUACUGUGUCUCAUAACAAUGACUACAAUGAUGAAGAUAAUUUUAAAAGCUGAAUACUUUUCGUUUGUAUCUUGUAGUUUUUGUUGUCUUAGGUUGUGUAAUAAAUUAUUUUAAUGGAAUUGUAAUUAAGAAUUUAAGAAUACAUCAAGCACACGAAAGCUAGAGUGAAAAUGUUAUAAUUUUUGUAGGCAGCUGGAACGGUUUCAGAAAAUUUGAUUUAUGCCACCAGUUAUUCCAAACGAACAAAUAAUGAUAAAUGAUAUGUAUAUACAAGUGAUUAUAUUAAAUUAAGGAUGUAUUAUGAUUUGUAACAGUGAUAAUAUUAUAUCACUGUAGCUCUUAACUAUACGACUGAUUUAGAAAUGUAUUGUCAAAUGUGCGGGAUUCUUUAAGUAUUUAUUUCAUCUAAAAAAGAUUUUUAAUUUUCCAAAAAGAUCCCAAAUGGCAAUGGUGAUAUCCACCUCUUCAGAGUUUUACUAUACCUUACCAUGCAGGACAUGUUGCCAAAUGUAUGGAUGUUUAUUCUAUAGUUUAAAAAAUGUGGUGAAAUUAUAUACUGUAUAUGGAUAUUGGAUACUAAACCCAAGGAAGGUUCAGACAUAAUUUCAGCAUAUAUGUAUCUACGAAAUACUAUAGGAACCAUCUCUAAAAAUAAUGGAAUAUUGAGGUGUUCAACCUGCAUGGUGGUGAGGGGCCUUGCACGGAUUUGCCAACAUUAU